AUGGGAGCUGUGUUUGCCAAAGCCGCCGAGACUUGUGAUCCGGCCAUGACAGGAGUUUGCGCUCCUUCUUCUUUGCCCAACUCGGCUUUUGUGUUUGUGAAACCCCACGCGAACACCCCUGCUACCCAAUCAUUGGUCAGGGAAAAGCUAAAGGGAGCUGGAUUCAGCAUCUUGUCGGAAAAUGAGAUUGCUGGAUCCGUGAUUGACAAGGAUAAACUGAUUGAUCAGCAUUACUAUGCCAUUGCUUCCAAGGCUACCAUUCUGACACCCAAAGAAAUCCCCGUCCCCACUGAAAAAUUUGAACAAGCCUUUGGAGAAUCAUGGGACAAAGUCUUGGCAGAAGGUCGUGCCUGUAAUGCCAUGGAGGCUACUCAACAAUUUGAAUGUACUGCCGAGCAACUGGAAGAGGCAUGGAGAAAGGCCAAGGUCGAGAAAUUUGGUGGAGGGUUCUAUUGUGGUUUGAUGGAAAUGAAAGAAAAGAAACUCUACGUGUUCAAUGCAUUUUUUAUGUCCAUGCGCAGCAAGUUUGUUGGCGAUGCCAGUAUUUAUUACUUUGAAGUGGAAUGGCCAUCCAGCACAAUGAGUUGGAGUGAUUUUCGUGGGAAAUUCCUUGGACCCACUGACCCUGCCAACGCUCCCAAUGGUAGUCUGAGAAAGGAAAUUUUGACCAGGUACAAAUCACUAGGACUGUCAGCAGAACCCAAUCAAGGAGAUAACGGAGUCCAUGCUUCGGCUUCUCCGUUUGAAGGAUUGGCCGAGAAAGUUAACUGGCUGGGCAAAUCCAUUGAGGGUGACACCUUUGGCAAAGCAUUGCUGGAUUCGGGACUUUCCAAGAAAACUAUUGAGCUAUGGUCUGUGGACCCACGCGUUAAGCAACCGGAUGGCUCGGAGGGUAGUGUCUUUGAUGCUCUGGAAGAUAUGGACGCAGCAAACUGUAUCGCCAAGUUGGUCGAGUUGAACAAGCUCAAUGAGGAGCCUUAG